CUCCAUGCUUCCUGCUGGCCUUUUGCUUGACUGACACUCUUUCCGCCCUGUUCGUCAUGGCUGCCCCGAGGCUCCCAUUCCUUUAUCCGCACUUGAUGCGCUCAGUGCGCUCCUGCGAACCGACAACCUACCGCUCCAUCCGAAUCCCGUCUAGCCACCCCUCGUCGCAGAAAGCCCCCUUCCACUCCAGUCGGCGGAGAGCACAAGAAACGUCAUAUAAUCGACGAUAUGGCCCUGCUGCUGAAGCAAACCUGCCGCCCCCUACGCGGCCCAAAGACGAAGCUCGUCACCCUCCGACUCCGCCGGUGCCCAAAGACAAAAGCAACACGUCACCGCAUACCCCUUCUCCGCCUGAGAAAGUGCUCUCUGAAGAUGCCAAAAGCGACGCUAUGGACACUUCCUCUCGAUCCAAGAGCUCGAGCUCCGCAGAAUCAAACGACAAAAAGACUCCAGAAGAGCUAGAUCCCCGAGAAGAGUCCGAGUCCGAUGACCGCGAUGCCUCCGCAUCUCCGAACCUCGGCGAGAAUCCCCAGCAAGAGCGACAGUCGAAACCCUCCCAAUCCGUUCCUUUCGAAGGGAACCCCCUUGACGGCGUCCUGCACAUGCCUUCACCCUCGUCGUAUCUGACGCCAUCCGGAUUGCCCUCGUCGGGCGAACAACAUCCACACCUGACCCCUGCGCCUUAUGUCCACCACUUCGACACCUACUCCCUCGUCCGCGAUCUCUCCACAGGAGACUUCAGCAAUGACCAGUCCGUAACCAUCAUGAAGGCAGUGCGGCGUAUCCUGCAGAACAACCUCGACUUCGCGAGGACCAACCUGACGUCCAAGUCCGAUGUAGAGAACGAAUCCUACCUGUUCCAGGCGGCCUGCUCCGAACUCCAAUCGUCUCUUGAAACGGCUCGAAACUCGGAAAUGCAGCGGCAGCGUGCUUCCCGAACACAGUUGCAGCAUGAGUCGGAUAUCUUAUCGCAGCGCUUGAACCAGGAGCUUGCGGGGUUGAAGGAUGACAUCAAGGGCAUGUUCAACGAUCACAAGAUGACCACCCGAGAACAACAACGCAGUAUCGACACCUCCGUCCAGGAACUCAAUUACAAAAUCACGGUCUCGUUGAAUAGUGACGGUAAGAGCGAAAUCGAGGGACUUCGGUGGAUCCUUACCCGUCGGGCUGCAUUGGCCGUUGCCACAAGUGCUUUUAUGAUCAUCCUCUUUCUUAAGUACUACUCUGUCCAGAAAACACACGACGGUGUGGAAAAGAAAAAAGAAGUGCCAGUCAAGAAGAAAACGGUCGAGAAAGUCAUCGUCCAAGACCCGGCAGUUGAAGCCGUGCAUCCAGUUCCAGAGCCUCAUCUUGGCGAGUCUCUAGGCUGAGAGAUCAUCCGCGCAUAAAAUCUUCAUUCUCUCAUUAUAGCAACCCCUAUUGUUAAAUUUGUAUAUCAGUUUCCUUUCUCUCUGUCAUUAUUAUACUACACAUGUCUCCGGUGGCGUUCGAUCAUAGACUUUCGACCUGCUUCAUAUACACACGCAGGCCGUCACUGGCUGCGGAUGGUUUUUCAUAUCUUUUUUCCUAUUUCUCCUUUCCUUCUCUCUUUCAUCUUUCCUUUCCUCCCUGAGCUCCAUAAAUCUCAUCCCGAGCUUGGCAUCUCAACUAGCUUUUGCGAUACCCUCAAGACACAUACUACCUACCUACUCUGGUCCCGUGCUGAAUAAGAAAAGAAAAAAUAGAUAGACUCGAC